AUGAAGUCUUGGAUCCGCUUCGGAACCUGUUCGGAGGGUCGCCGAUACUACCUACAGGACUACGAUGUCCUUGCGAGCCGGUUUGCCGCUGCCGCUGUGCACAAUGCCUUGGUCGCCACGCCUGGCAGCUACCCGCCUUCCCCGGGUCUGGACCACUACCAUGGCCUGGGGUUCUGCCCCAUUCGGGCGCGGUGCCAGGUUCUGUCUGUUCACGAGACCUGUCGUAGCGUGGGCCAUGUAGCCGGAAUUUCCUGGCCGUGUCUGGCUGGAAACAAUAUUUAA